CUCCCCGCCGGCGGCCCGCCUCCCCUUCAGUCUUACCCCCCUCCCCUCCCUUUCCGUCACCCCCCCCCCCCCCCCGUCGCCGCGGCCCCCUCAGCGGCCCCGGGCCAUGGCGACAUGAAUCCUCCGGCCGCCCCGGCCGUGGGGCCCGCAGGCUGCGGAGCCGCCGCCGAGGAGCCCCGCCGCCCCGCCAUGGGGUGCUGAUGGCCGGGCCCCGCCGGGCGCCCCGCCGCCGCGCCGGGGAGGUGAGGUAGCUGUAUCCAGCUGGGUGGCAGGUGGAUCCAAGGGUUACCAUGAAGUUUUCAGGACCCCUGGAGAGCCAGAGGUUGUCUCUCCUUCUGGAGACGGCAAUCUCUAGGGAAGCUCAAAUGUGGAAAGCACAUGUGCCGAAAAUUCAGCCCAAUCAGGAUGUAGCCAUUUCUCCAAAGCAGAGGGAUGAGGUCAUUCAGUGGCUGGCCAAGCUCAAAUACCAGUUCCACCUUUAUCCAGAAACGCUCGCCCUGGCCAUCAGCCUUUUGGACAGGUUUUUAGCUGCAGUCAAGGCCCGUCCAAAGUACUUGAACUGUAUUGCAAUCAGCUGCUUCUUCCUUGCUGCAAAGACCAUCGAGGAAGAUGAGAGGAUUCCAGUACUGAAGGUGUUGGCUCGGGAUAGCUUUUGUGGUUGUUCUCCAGCUGAAAUUCGCAGAAUGGAGAAGAUUAUCCUGGAUAAACUGAACUGGGAUCUUCACAUGGCAACACCACUGGAUUUCCUUCAUAUUUUCCAUGCAGUUGCAGUGUCCACCAGGCCUCAGCUCCUGAGCAUCCAGCCCAAGCUGAGCCCCUCGCAGCACGUGGCGGCGCUGACCAGGCAGCUGCUGCACUGCAUGGCCUGUUACCAGCUGCUGCAGUUCAAGGGCUCCAUGCUGGCACUGGCCAUUGUCAGCCUGGAGCUGGAGAAGCUGCUCCCCGACUGGCUGGCUCUCAUCAUCGAGCUGCUCCAGAAGGCACAGAUGGAUAGCUCACAGCUGAUCCACUGCCGGGAGCUCGUGGCACAUCACCUUUCCACCCUGCAGUCUUCUCUGCUGCCCAAUCCUGUAUAUGUCUACAGUCCCCUCCAGCAGAGCCUGGUGGCCUGUAACAGAGGAGCAUUCAAAUGCCAGCAGCCCUCCUCUGUCCCAGGGCCAGGCUUCUCCAAGGACAACGGCAGGCCAGGAGUGCCAGUCACAGGUACAGCUCCCAGCGGUUCCAAACACACCUCGGCCAAGAGGAAGGUGGAGGAGAUGGAAGUGGACGACUUCUACGACGGUAUCAAGCGUCUCUACAACGAAGACAUUGCUCCAGACAUGGUGGCUCUUGACAACAUGGGCUCUGUCUGUGGCGCUGACGUCUCGAGGCAGGAGGGCAACGUUUCCCCGUGUCCACCUCUGCAGCCAGUGUCCGUGAUGUAGCUGGGAGCUCACACCACCAGCUGCUCCAGGGACCACAGGGAACCUGGCAUCCCCUGUUCUCAGUGGGAGGAGAAGGGCCCAUACCUUGUCAGGCUGAACUGAAGGGAGCCAAAAAAAAAAAAAAAAAACACCCCAAAAAAUCCCACUCCUUUUUGAAUUUUUUUUUUUUUUUAAUCUUGUGCGGCUAAUUAUAGUUCCACUAUUUAAGCACUUAAAAAAAAAAACACAAAAAAGUAUAAAAAAGCUUAAAAAAAGACCCAAAAACCAAACAAAAAAGUAGCAAAAAAUUGUUUCUUUCUAGUGUUGUCAGUUCCACUGUUUUUCUGCUCCUGUGUGUUGUAACCCAUUCUCUGUGUCCGAGAGCUUCCACCAGUCUUGCAGAGUUGUUCCAGGUUUCCCAGCCAACUAACACUUCUCUGAUCCCAUUCCCAUCUGCUCCUUGCUCUUUCUGCUUGCUCCUCUUUUAGUUCUCUGCAAGUCUUGUGCAUGAUGUUCUGUACUACCUAACCUUCAUGCCAGCUUCCUUUUUCCUUUCUAAAGAAAAAGACCUUUUUUGUUUUGUUAGCACUUUGGUGUUUAAAUGUGAUGAUAUUUAAAAAACUGGAUUUACAUUAAAGGUUAGUCAGGAAAAAACAAACAAACAAAAGCAACACUUGGAAGCUGCUCCACACUUAAUGAGUAACCACAGGAGUGUGAAGGUGCCCUAGAACAGCACUGGGGCAGCUGGCCAGUGUGCUCCACACCUUACACAGAGACUUCAAGUUAAAACAGUUUGCGUUUUCAACCACAGAAAGCAGUUCAUGGAGUUGGUGUCACUUGAACAAAAACUGUGUUUUGUUUUGUUUCUUCUUCUUCUUUGCGCCAAGAAAUGUUGCACUCAGUGUGGAUUUUCACCAAUGCUUGACCCUCUACGUCAAGUGUCAACCUGAAAUUCUGCAGUCUGUUUUUUCCCCCUGUAUGUUGAUGAGCUUGGCGUGUGACCAGCGCUGCUGGGCGAGGUGCUGCUGUGGCUGCACCUGAGCUUGGAAGGGUGCAGAACCCAUCAGCCACAAAAACCAAAACAGAAAAUCCUAACCCUCAAGUUUUGUGUUCAUGUAACUUCUAACCAAGGGUUAAAACCUUUCAAAACUCGUCUCUUCAAUGUUACACCUCCCGUUUCUCAGAAUGCCCUGUCCCAAUUGUAAGCUCUCUCCACAGCCCUGAGGAAGGUAUCGUGUUUGGAGCCAUUGUACUGAUGAAAGCCUUCUGGUAGCAAUAAAGAAAGUUGUCCUGGA